UCUAUCUCGUAUACAGGACGCCAAGUGAAGCUUCGGUUUGCGUCAGAGAAAUCUGAUCUAAAUUUGUUUUGACGAGUUUUUUCCGUUUAGUAGAAGAAUAGUUUGUUCAGUUUUCAUUUCGUUUCUACGAACGUGAAAAGUGAUAACCGAGAAGUGAACAACAUCGGAAAGAUAUCGGUAAACGAGCAAAACAAUACCAUUUCUUAGAUAGAACAGAUUGUGGAGAAGAAGUUAUCUCGGGAAGUGAAACCGUUUUUGGCUGUAAUUAUGGGUCGUAAAACGAAAAUACGCAAGGUUCCCAGUUUUGGCGGCAUUCUACCACAGCACAACUCAUUACUAGGCCAUGAGAUGCAGUGUAUGAAAAUAUGGUACAUAGUUUCUUGUCUUUCAAUCAAAGCAAACGAAAAUCAUUUAGGUGAAGUUCGUCCCCACUACACCAGGAAAGCAUCACCAAAAAUGAAUGUUGACGUCGAGGAAUUACUCGAAUCGUGUGUAAUUUUUGCGAACGAUGGCAGUAGUAGAAAACGGAUAGGGCUCAAAACUAGAGAGGCGAUUCAGCAAACACCACCUGAAAGCAACAUUUCAUCUGCUCAAAAUAAAAUUUAUACAGCUCAAGCAGUUUCGAGAAGUACCACGAAGAGCAGCAUCAACCAUUUACAAUCCAAAGUUUCAGUUGUAGCUGGAAGUAAAUUAUCUGUGCUGGUAACUAAACUAGAUCCAGAAAAGCGAGUUAUUCCUUUGAAGAUGAAUGAAGAGGUUCUACAAAACGACACCAUCAAACAUAAUUUUGCUGAGCCUGACGUUUCGCACAUCGAAGUACAAAUGAACGAAGUAGAACAGAAUCAAAAUUUGCCACUUGACAAAAGUCGGGGUAGAGGUCUUUCAAACUCUGCUGUUUUGCCGCAUUGUUCUCCGGCGUUAGGUGAUGGUGACAGAAAAAAUGAGACAAUGGAAGAAGACACAGGAAAAAAUACUAUUUCAAAUAUGCAGCAUGACGAGAAGAUGAUCAAGAUUGAACCGGAACGAGCGGCAUUGCUCUCUCCAAAGGCCAUUGAGGAGGAAUUGAAAUCCCCAGAUCGUACAAAAUUUUUACUAAAGCAGCUUGAAAGUACACUUAGUCCGAAAUUUACAGAGCCAAGCAAAGAGAACAGUCGACAUGUUAGUCGUUAUGGGCGUAUCCAAAAGCAGAAGGAAAAUGACGAUUAUAUUCCGUUAGAUGUAGCCAAAUUUAUAAUAAAAUCAUCGCCCAAGGCUAAAGUAAACAAAGUAGUGAUUUCUGCUCCUAGUGAAGCAAAACAAAGUAAUAUUGAAACCUUUGAAAAUACUGAGUUCAGCUCUGUUCCCAUUGAAGAACCAGUACUUGCGGUAGUUUCCGUUGAAAACCCUUUGUUGAGUUUAGCUCAUAUUGAAGAACAUCCAGGUUCCAUUUUCGAAGAGCCAAUUCCUGCAACUGUUUCUAUUGAAGCACAACUACCUACUUUAUUGGAAAUUGAUGAAUUACCAACACCUAUUGAAGACAUUGGGGCUUCCGUUGAAAUUUCCCAAGCGAUUGAUGACACGAUUAUUUAUAACCAUGUCAAUUCUGAAAUCUUGGGGAUUGACCAAAUCAAAAUUGUUGGCUUGGAUACCAGUUUUGGAACAGGCAGUGUUAGUAUUGUUGAAUCUCCAGCAAAAGAUCUGGUGAAAAAGAUGCCACCUAUACCGUUGGAAAAAAUAUCAGAUGUAGAUAGUGCAAUAGGAUCAUCAAUCGAUCAUGAUCUACAAACAUUAAAUGAAGAGUACAAACUAGGACAACUGUACUGGGGCGCUUUGAGUGGGAAAUCCAUGCAUUGGCCUUGCAUGAUAAGACAUGACCCCAAAACUAACAAAAUUGUCCAGCUGAAAAAUAACAAGUAUUUUGUACAUGUUGCGUUCUUUGCAGACAAUGGGCGGCACAGUUGGAUAGCAAGGUCUAUGCUAAUGCCUUUUGAAGGUUUGGAUAAUUUGAAAGCUAUAGCUGAAAAUGAACCAAACUUAAAAAAGAAACUGAAGGAUGCUCUUCGUAAUCGGACAAUAUGGAUGGAAGCCGUACGACAGGCGGAAGAUAUGCUGCAGUAUCCGACUGACUUUCGAGAGCAGCGAUUUCGUACGCUUGUAGAACUAGAAAAAUCCCAACCUAUUCGCAAACGAUCUAAAAGUCUCUCAGCUGGCUACCACAGCAAUAGUUUCGGUGACUCUCUCAAUUCAAGUGGAAAACGUCAUCGCUCACCUACUCCGGAAAGUCCAGCUUUUGAGCCGAUAGUACCCACGAAACGUAUUAAACUGGAACAGGAUGAUUCGGAUUUGUUGCGGAAUACAAUAUCACGCUACUUCCAGUCAAUGAAUGACGGCAGUGAUUUAUUGGAAACAGCAAGCGGAACCAGCAGUGAGUGUGACGAUAUUUCCGAAAUGGCGGGAUUCGAUCGUACAGCGUACAAUAAUUUACUGAACAUGAGCCGAAUGUACGUCUUCGAAGGUCAGACAGAAGCCGAAAUCGACAAAAAGCUUCAGAAGUAUGUUCAAAAAAUAUGCUCAUUGCGAACACAACAGUCUGCCGUCACAUCUAAAGGUGUAGUCAAUGGAAGAAUGUCUAGCCGACUACGUUCACAGGCACUGCGAAAUUCUUUUCUCAAAUUCGGGGAAGAGCUUGGCAUUGGGGCGAGUGAAAAAGAAACCAAUUUCUCAGGAGCAUCACCUGGUCCGAGUAGCCCUAAAGUCAAAAAAGAACCACUGACGUUGGAACAAUCUUUUAUUUUCAAGCUGGAAAAGAACUAUCUGAUGAAAGGCGUCCCGAAAGGUUUCGUUUGUGCCGUUUGCUACAAACCGAACGAUGUUAGCAAAUGCUCAAAGUGCCAUAAUCACUAUCACCCAGGCUGUCUUGCCGAUCAAGCCAAAACGAUCGCCGAGUUCGAGAAAGCUAACGAAAGUAGAACGUUCAUUUGUCUAAAUUGCCGUGAGCAAAAACCGCAUAUCUGUUUCGUCUGUAAGGACGGGGACGUGGCACUUCAAGCUGAACAGAAACACCGCUGUAUGCUCUCUGGAUGUGGUAAAUAUUAUCAUAUACCGUGUCUUCGAUUAUUUCCCCAGCACAAGUUAACUAGCACGGCCAACACCAGCACACUGUUUUGUCCGUAUCAUACCUGUCAUACAUGUGUUUCGGACGACCCGCGUUCGAAUGUUACCACCUCUAAGGGUCAAUUGAUUCGUUGCAUUAAGUGCCCUUCGUCAUACCACACGGACGCCAAAUGUAUCCCGGCUGGUUCGCAAAUUUUGUCUACUGCUGCCCUGAUUUGUCCUAAGCACAGCCUCGAGCAAUGUUCCUUGAAUGUAAACUGGUGUUUUCUAUGUUGCAAGGGUGGAAGUUUGAUCUGUUGUGAUACAUGUCCAACAGCUUUUCACUUAGACUGCUUAAAAUUUAUACCUCCAGAGGGAAAGUAUAUUUGCGAAGAAUGCGAAUCUGGCCGAAUGCCGUUGUAUAACGAAGUAGUGUGGGCAAAAUAUUCGAAUUUCCGGUUUUGGCCAGCUUUGACUGUUCCACCUCCAGCAAUACCUGAUUCAGUGCUCCGAUGGCAGCACGAAGGGUCUGAUAUAUGUAUAUUAUUCUUCGGAUCCCGUGAUUACGGCUGGAUUAACCGGCGAAGAAUUUAUCUAUACCAAGAGGGAGAUUCAGACAGUGUAUCAGAGCGAAAAAACGCGGGUAUUAAAGCGAGAUAUAAUGAAGCUCUUCGAGAGGCCAGAUUGGUGCACGAAAUGUUACAGGCAAAAAAAGCGGAUGAAGGCUCCGACUUAGUGCAAGAUUCGUUCGUUCCCCCCAUGUACGUCAAAAUCAAAAGUAGUAAAUAUAUACCACCCUUGAAGCAACCGACUUAUGGCAAAGAUUCUGCGGAAGACAAUGUGUGCGAAUGCUCACCAUCGGAUGCUGACCCGUGUGGUCCAGAUUCAAACUGUAUUAACCGGGCGCUGAUGAUAGAAUGCAAUCCAAAGUCUUGUCCCACGAGAGAACGCUGCCAGAAUCAAUGUUUCGAGAAAAAGAAAUACCCUUCGUUGGCAGUCAAACGUAUACCAUGCAAAGGUUGGGGUUUGUUUGCUAUGGAAGAUAUCGCCGCUGGUAAAUUCGUUAUAGAAUAUGUGGGAGAAGUAAUCAACAACGUUGAGUUGGCACGAAGGGUGCAACAGAAGAAGGAACAGAAGGACGAAAACUGGUAUUUUUUAACGGUCGAUUCGGAACUUACCAUUGACGCAGGGCCAAAGGGAAAUCUGGCCAGAUUCAUUAACCAUUCGUGCGAGCCUAAUUGCGUCACAAUGCUCUGGAACGUUAAUGGCGCACAAUCCGUGGGUUUAUUUGCAUUAACGGAUGUCAAGUCGGGUGAAGAGCUUACUUUCAACUAUAAUUUUGAAAGUACUGGAGAUGAGAAAAAGAUUUGUCACUGUGGUGCUUCUAAAUGUUCCGGUUUCAUUGGUAAAAAGUACCGGCCUCCGGUUGGUGAUGAGGAACUCGGGGCAAACGGCAAACGUCGAGGGAAGCUGACGGUUUCUACGAAGCGCAAAAUCAAACGACGCAAAAGUACUGUUAAGAAAAAACGAAAAUCUACUGCGGUCGACGAAAAACCAUUGCAGCAUACUCAAAGCAUAGAACAGCCAAUCGAUGUUAUUCCAGUAAAGCAGGAAUUGUUGGAUACAAAUCAGCAAACCGACGACAAUGUAGUAGCGACUGAUUCGUAGUAUAUUUUUCAGUACAAUGUUUUUCAAGUAGUUAUUUUGCAUACAACCGUACAAAUGCUACUUAGGCUAUCAUAACGCUAUCAGAUUUUCCAAAAGGUUUCGUUCUAAUGACAGUUCUGAAAAGCUUUUUGUUAUUACUGUAAAAUUCUAGUUACAUUUCAAUCUGUUACAAGUUAUUUUGAUAAAAGGGUAUUUUGUAGCUGUUUUAAAUAUAAUUAGAUAUGCGUACUAUGCAACGUGUUAAAACUACAGAUAUUUUUAGCACUUUUCGUUAGAUAUAUACAGCACAGUUUAGGUUGAUUACGAAAAGUGUGUAGUGGCAAACUAUAUCUGUUUGAUCAUAUUUUGAAGUGCCCCUGAGUUAAAGAUUAAUUUAUUAACAUGAAUGGAAUGAUUGUUUAAAUAUUACACACUAUUUUGAUGUCCCCGGAAAAUGCAAAAAAUAUGAUCAUUAGCAGAAUAAACACAGCUAAUGUUAAAAUGUACGUUGUAAAUGCGUUUGGCCUACAAUUUUAACAUUAUUUAAACUUGAUAAAACCGGUACACGUAGCAUAACUCCAUCAAAAUUCAGGAUAUAGGUACAGUGUAAAAUCAGCAUCGUGUAAUGUGAAUGGAAACAAGUUGUUUAUUGAAAUUUCAAGUUUAGUUAGAGCUCUUUUACAUAUUUUCUUCUUUUACUAUUGUUUUUAUCCGAACAUACGGACUACUUGAACUUUAAUAAAAUACAAAACUGUUUAACUCAUUGAUUUGAGACCCACCAAUAGACAAAAAAUGCUAUUGAGCACAGGUGUGCGUGUGGUAUAUCUCAGUAAAAUGCAAAAUAUUAUACGAUAUAGAUUCGAUUUAAACCAACAGACCAUAGGAAGGCUGUUGAGGCCAUGGAUAAAAGUGUGGGUUACCUGUAAGAAAUACAAAAGUAAUUAUAUUUUCGUUUUAGGAACCAGGGGCGACUCGUCCAUAGGUGAAACCUGUACAUUGCUCACGGGGACGCCAGGCUAAAUAUAAAUUUCAAAUCCAAAUUCAUAUUGUA